AUGACUGAACGAAACCCCAUGAGCAUCGCGAUCGUCGGCGGCGGCAUCGCUGGCCUCACGUUGACUAUCGCAAUCCUCACCAAAUGUCCACACAUCAGUGUCACCCUAUACGAGUCCGCCGCAGCCUUUGGUGAGAUAGGCGCAGGUGUCGGCUUCUCCCCGGUUAUGGUUCGCACGAUGGCUCUCAUCGAUUCACGCAUCGCGGAAGCGUUCGUCAAAUGUAGCAAAGGCAACACUGUCACCGACCCACCGAACUGGUUUCAUGUAAGGGUUGGAGAUGAAAGAAAGAAGGAUGUCAAAUUGGGGGAAGAGAUCUUUGUUAUACCAGGGAGAAAGGGACCGGGAGGGGGCGUACACAGAGCUCACUUUCUUGACGAGCUGGUCAAGCUGGUACCGGAAGGAGUCGCGCAGUUCAAGAAGAGGGUAUUUGAGAUUACUGAAGCAGACGACGGCUCCGGCGAUGCGAUUCUGCACUUUGCCGACGGGUCUACUGCGCAACACAGUGCGGUGCUUGGAUGCGACGGCAUCAAGUCGCGCGUGAGAUCUCUCGUGCUAGGCGACUCCGAGGCAGCGAAGGCGGUGUUCUCGGGCAAGUAUGCGUAUCGGGGGUUGCUGCCGAUGGCGGAGGCGGUCGAUAUCCUGGGCGAUGAGACACCAAGAACGCCGCAGAUGUAUAUGGGCUAUCAUGGGCACGUGUUGACAUUCCCCAUUGCAAACGGCACGCUCUUCAACGUCGUCGCUUUCUUCUCGCGACCCACAUGGGAAGACGAGAAUUGGGUAGUCCAAACGUCUCGCGAUGACAUGCUAGAGGACUACGAGCACUGGAUCCCCGCCGUGCGCAAGAUCAUGGAGAACGUCCGGAAGCCCGACAUCUGGGCGCUAUUCAACCACCCACCUGCAUCAACCUACUAUAGCGCUAAGCCACUCAUCUGCCUGGUGGGCGACGCGGCUCAUGCUUCGACACCGCAUCAAGGUGCCGGGGCGGGUAUGUGUAUCGAAGAUGUGUACGUCCUGAGCGAGUUGCUGUCGCAGUGUCAUGCGAAGACUACCCUCGAGAAGGUCUUCCACGCAUACGACGCUGUUAGAAGGCCGCGCAGCCAGAAGCUAGUCAAGACUAGCAAGGAAGCUGGCAUGCUGUGGGAGUUUGAAGGCGAAGGUGUCGGCGACGAUUUGGAAGCGCUGCGGAUCAAUGCGCAAUCGAGGAUGGCUUGGAUUUGGGAUCAUGAGAUAUCGGAUGAUUUGACGAAGGCAAGACGCAUGAUGGACGAUGGCUUGCCAAACACUCCGUAG